CACCACCAUCUUUUUACCCCUUUUCUUCUCACCAUUUUUCUUGUCCACCUCUCUCUUCCCCUCCCCGUCAGCCAUGCCCAAGGCCAACAAAAUCGCAUCAAAUCCUGCCCCAGGGACCCUUCACCGAAGUCUGCGGCUCAGAACAUCCGAUAACUACAUUGUCGACAUCGAUGUACCAAGGAUCUCCCAGGAUACCUUCUUUUCUAUCCCUGAACUUCAACACCCCCUCGCCGACUAUCUCACACGGAAUGAUCUUAGGGCCGCCAUCUGCGUCAGCCAUGCCUGGAAUACCAUUUGGGUUCCCUACCUCUAUGAAAAGCUAUUCUUCCGCGAGUACCAGCAGACUCGCAGCUAUCCCAAGAUGCACUCAUACGGCCAUCAUGUCAAGAGUCUCGAGCUCCUCUCCAUAGAAUGGAACAAUCUCGCCUUUCUUCUUAACUUUACCACCAGCCUACAUUCGCUCUUCCUCCACUGCACAAAACUGAGCACUUUGCAACUUCAGGAGCUCGCAGAGAUAGCACCACAGCUUCGAGUUCUGCAUAUCACCUUGAGGCAAUACCCGCCAAAGCCAUUGGAGUGCCAGAUGACUCCUGUGUCUGCAUUCAAGCACCUGGAGGACUUUUACUGGAAUGUCCUGACAGAUGUCCGCAUCGACGAUAUUCUUUUCGUGCUUAAAUCAUGUUCUCAACUCCAGUCACUGGCCUUGACGAUCAGCACACUAGUCGAAGAACUUAACGAGGCCAAAGUCGAGGAGAUUGACGGCAUCAAAAGCAGCAGUUUGAUCGCCGAUGUCGUGCCAAAGUUGGUCAAAGUGGACGAUGACGGCUGGGCAAGCACCUCGCUCCGAACGUUGAGCUGGGGCAGUGCUAUGUUGGGACCACGACAAUCCUACGACUCGAAACAGCCACAUCCCUGCAUCCACCGCCUCUUUCAGCACACACCAAAUCUCAAGAAGGUCAAGGUCAGUGGCAAGAACAACAUUGGCGCUCAGGAUUGGGACUGCAUGUUCGAGAAUCAAGUCAGCAUCCAAGAGAUCGAGCUUGAUUUGCGCGUCUCAGUAACCGAAGGCGGUUCUCCAGUCGGCAAUUCGGGGUUCUUGAACGCAGUGUCAAAAUCAUGCCCGAACCUCAAGAGGUUUAUUGCCAAGCAUAUGCCAUUUACAACAGACAAGGCGUUUGCGGAGGUGAUGCGGGUCAAACACGGGCUUCAAAAGGUCAACGUCAAAUACACGGAAUUCGGGGACUUGGCACUCCAUCAAUUGGCACACCUCCCUCCAACACUCACUUCAGCAGGGACCUCGCAUAGCCUUGUUGAACUCGAUGUGGAGGGAUGUCUUCAGAUCACCAACCAUAGUGCCAUUGAGAUAUUGGAGAACUGUCCUCUCCUGCGCAGUUUGAACCUAUUGGGCACUCGAGCCGGUACAAUCGAGCUUUUCAAGGGGUGCAAGCCCUGGCCUUGUGCCAAGGCGCUGGAGAGGCUGCAUAUGGAUAUCCAACCACCCGACUAUCAACGCUGGCGGCGCAGUGUUGGAUCUAAACAAGCAGAUAUGCCCCCUCUUAAACCAUACGCACCUGAGGACCAGGACUUGAUCAGGGAGCGGCUGUGCUCGUUCACUUCCCUCCUCGGUCUCGAACUCAAGGGUGAAGCGAUGACAUUUGACAUCCUGGAGGACUAUUCGUUUGCGCCGAAACUUCGAAAGGUUAUUCUGUGUGCUCCGUAUAAGUCAAAUGACUAUAGAAUGAAGCAAGAGAUGAGAAUAAUGACCUUGGAGCGCGGCAGGGCAUUGUUCCCGAACUGGAUUCUGUCGAGUAAGGACAACUAUAUUUACUCGCGACCCACCAGUGUGUUCACUGCCAUUGUCAGUAGGGACACUUUUGUAUUCUAAGUACGAUCUAUAUAAUUAAAAGACAAACUCGUCUAUUUGU